AUGUUCUUUAUUUUUCUUUAACUUUUCAUUUUAACAAAUUCUGAAUUGAUACAAAUUUUAACUAGAUAAGAAGCAGUUUUAGAUGUUUUCAGUUAAUCAGGCAUAAUUCUUGAAUAAUAACUUACAGAAUAACAAUUAUGCAAAAUUAUACCAUAACAAUUAGUAGCAAAUAAUAUUGAUGAUAAUUCCAUAACCCUAAUAGAUAGUUAUAGUGAUGAUAAUUUUAGUUUAGAUUUUGAAUAUGGGUCUUAUAAGGGGAAAAUAGGAAAAAUUCUUAAAUUUGUCUAAAUAAAACGUGGGAUACUUGUAUUGAGGGAUGAUGGAGAAUUAUAUUUUUUGAGAAUUUAAGACACAAAAUUUAAAUAACAAGCUACUUUCAAAUUAAAUAUUGAUGAAACAGCACUUUAAACAACUGUGUUUAUUGAAUAUUUUUAUGAAUAAAAUUCAGUUUUGAUUAUAGGUGAUGGUGAAACUAUUGCUUUGGAUUUAGAGUUCGAUGAUGAUGAUCUAUAUAUUAAAUAAUACAAAGUAUAUGAAUAAUGGCAAAUCUAACAUAUUAAUAGCAUAGCAACAGCUAACAAUCUCAUCAUAGUAGCAAUGAAUACUGGUAUAAAGAUGUUUGAAUUUGCAAAUCAUUAAUUAAGUGAAAUAUUUUUAGAUUCCUAAAUGAUUGGGAGAAUCUAAGAUAUUAAAGUUUUCAAUUAAAAUAAAGAUGAUAAUUAUUUUAUCUAUUUAUUAGAUGAACAAUAUGGAGUUAGCUAAUAUAUUUAUAAUAUAGGAAGAAGUACAAUUUUAUAAUUUAAUUCUCAUAUGGGAUAAAUACCAUAUCCAGGAGAAAUUCUAGAUGUUUAUGGUGAUAUUUUAAUGAUUGUAAAAAAUUAGACUUUAUUUGAAUUUCGAAUAGAUUAUUAUAAAAAUAAUUAUGAGCUAAUCAAAUAACAUAACUUAGAAACAGAUAUAAUUGAUAUCUAAUUAACAGAUACUUUUGCUAUUAUUAUAGGUAGAAAUGGACAUCAGAUUUUGUUUCACUCAAUUCCUUCCACUUUUUCUUAAUUUGAGUGGAUGAAUCAAUUAGUGAUACCAAAUCUGAAGCAAUUAGAUAUCUUAUCAUUAAUUUUAGAUAUUAAAUCACAUAAAAAUAAUAAUAAAACCACUCAUAAUAUUAUUGUUGGCAUUACUUAACAUAAGUUUUUCUUUUCUAAAAUUGAAUUGGUAUUAAAUUAUUAUAAAUCAUAUAGUAACAAUCAUACAUUGAAUGUUAUUCUGAUUCUACAACACCUGAAUUAGAAUUAAUCUAUCAGCAAAAGUCUACAUAUUGUAAAUCAAAUAUGAAAAAUAAAGUCUGUCAAUUAAAUAAGACAUAUAAAAUAUAAUUUGUAGAUCCAAAAGCAUUUGGAGGUGGCAAAGAUACUUAUUUACUCAUAGUCCUACUAUAUGUUAUAUCUAUUGCUUCUUUUUUAGUUUUAAUGGGAACUCUUAUCAUUUUAUAUAAAAAAUAUCAUCAAAUUCAUCUACCUUAAUAAUAACAAUUAGAUGAUAAGGAAGAAUAACCCUAUACAAGCACAACCAGACAUAUAAAGAUGGCUUCAUCAAAAAAGAUUAUUUAUUUACCAAAAGCUGAUUAAACUCCAAUCUCUGGUGUUUAAGAAUAAAUAAAUUUAUAACUCAAUAAUAAUAACAGGCCAAUCACAUAAGAUAACUAGGACUUAUCUCCUAUGGCUUCUGAAAUGAGAUGA